UAUUGACUUUUUUAAAGCUUUGUGAGUUUGUGCACGUAGAAUUUAUACUAUUUAUUAUACAGAAUAUUAUAAUUUUUAUAUUGUGAGUAAGCAAGUGUAAUCAAAUCAUCUUUUAAUAUCAAAAGUAGGUUGUAUGUAGAUUGCCCACAGUCCUCACGCCCCUCGCUUCAAUGUCACAAUUGGAUAGCAUAGUAGAAUCAAACGUAAUAGACGCACAAUACUCUAGCGGAGACACUAACAACAUGAAAACCAAACAGAUAUUCGAGGAGGAAAACAAUAACAACAUAGAUGAACUCUCAAAAAAUUUGGAAAUGGGCUGUGUGGUUGAUAAGGUGAUGCGUCCCCCGAAUAUUUGCGUGGAAACUUGCGUGUAUGAAUCAGGUUCAGAUGAUGAAAAUAAGUCCGAGGCUGAAGCAAAUUAUUCUGACGACUUUGACGAUAAUAGUGAUGAAGAGAUUAAGAACGUAAGCAAGUCAGAGAGUAAUGUUAAAAAUGACGACCUAAGGCAGCUAUCUUUAAAGAUGUCUAAAAGUCAUUCAUCUAUGGCUAGUAAUAAGGUUUCAGUUUCGGUUAAGUCUGGGAGAUCUAGUGGUACUGGUUCAGUGUCAUCUCGUCAAGCAAAUCGCGUCAACAUGUCCUUUACAAACGAUAGACUGCGAGAGAUUGAAAGGCAUAACCAUAUUCUACUGAACAAGAUACUAAGCGCACGCAACAAGAAGUCAUCCAUACCGACGAUCGAGGCACCGAUCCGGAAACCUGUACCUUCAGCAGCUCUGCAUCGGAAGAAUAAACAGAGACAGAUUGACCAUGAUAAUAUGGUCCUGUUGAAGAAGAUCCAACGCGCCAAGUCUUCAUCAUAUAGCGUCCGUCGUUGAUACAGCGCGCGCGUCCGAAGCGGACGCGACCCCUAUCCGUACUUUUACCUGUUGCUCAAUAUAUUUGUUAUUUUUAUUCAA